GAGGCCGGUACUGUGGGCAGACACCAGGGCCAGGUUUCCCCACCCUCCACCCGCCAGGUGUGCGGUGACCGGGGCGGCAGGUAGGGAGGUGAGCCCGCGUCUCCUCCGCAGAGCUGGAGCUGGAGCUCCGCUCAGAGGCCCAGGCUCAGUGGGCUCCUCCCCGGGUCGGGGCAACCCCCCGCCGGGGCCUCUGGGGCCAACGGAAGCUUCAGGAGCGCGGUGGAGCCUGGAGGGGCGGGCCAGGGUCCCACCGUGACCCGCCUGGAGGGCAGCCCAGCUCUGGGACGCGAAACCCCCUACGACGGUGCCGCAGCUUGGCCUAUAUCCGUGCUGGUCUUAAGUUGUGUAUCCGAAGAUGUAACCUUGUCCAGUGCUGGCACUAAGGGCUGCUUCAGGGAGGGCCCUGGCCUGGUGCCCAGUAGUUCCAAGAGCCUCUGAGUUCCUGUCUUUUUUCAUCUCUGAAUCCCCACCAUUGGCCUACAUUGGGAAUGGGGCGACCUGUGAUGCUGACGUUAGAGGACAAGGACAUGAAGGGAUUCUCCUGGGCCAUAGUCCCAGCCUUAACCUCCCUAGGCUACCUGCUUAUACUGGUGGUCUCCAUCUUUCCCUUCUGGGUGCGACUGACGAACGAGGAGUCCCAUGAAGUCUUUUUCAGUGGCCUAUUUGAGAACUGCUUCUAUGUCAAAUGCUGGAAGCCUCGACCCUUGUCCAUUUACAUCAUCCUCGGCCGGGUUUUCCUGCUCUCUGCAGUUUUCUUGGCUUUCCUCACCACCUUCAUCAUGGUGCCCUUUGCAUCCAAGUUCUUCCCGAGGACCUGGAAGCAAAACUUUGUGUUAGCCUUCAUCAGCUUCUUCACAGGGGCCUGUGCCUUCCUGGCUUUGGUGCUGCAUGCCCUGGAGAUCCAGGCUCUGAGGAUGAAGCUCGGCCCCCUGCAGUUCUCCUUGCUGUGGCCUUACUACAUUCUGAGCUUCGGCAUCUUUCUGUUCAUAGUGGCUGGUACCAUCUGCCUCGCUCAAGAAAUGGCCUGCCCUUGCUGGCACUUGUUGUCCACUUCCCAGAGGAUGGAGGAGGACCACGGGAGCCUGUACCUGGACAAUCUGGAGAGUUUGGGAGGAGAACUGAGCUCAGUACAAAAGGAGACACAGGUGACAGGAGAAACAGUCAUCUAGCCCAGGACAUGGCUUCUCUACCCUUCUUCAAGCCAUGUGAGUGUACACAUGUAGCUGUUUGUAGUCCUCCCCACCUUCUCUGCCAGUAUCUGUGCCUUUGAGGAGCUUCUUGCGUGUCAGAUCAACUCUCCACCUCCCCAUACUCACAGUGAUUCUAUCUUGCUUGUAUGUGAAAUUUGCUAAAAGUCCUUUCAACUCUU